AGGUCUUCUAGAUGUGGCGGCACGGGGUUUUCAUAUGUUCUCGGGUUAGUAUUUGGCCUUCCACAAGUUCGGCAUUUGCGCACACUACAGCUUCGCAGUACGGGUUACCUAAAGCAAAACCACAUGAAGAUGAGAUGCCGAUACCAGUACAUGAAAGGCGGCCUCCACAACAAAUACUCGAACUUGGGAAAAGGAAAACAAAGAAAAAACAGAUCAACUUAAUAGUUCCUCAGAGAUCUUUGGAUUUGUGGACUAAAAUGGAGUCAAGAGGAUUACUGUCUGCUUAUUUACAACUUUCGAAGUCACGGCUUACUAUGCUUAUCACCUCCACAGCAGUUGCGGGCUUCCUCAUGGCUCCCGUAAGUUUCUCGGCCUUACCACUUGUGGCUUGUGCAACAGGCACUGCUCUUUUGUCAUCAGCAGCAAAUGCCUGUAAUCAACUUUUGGAAGCACCCUAUGAUGCUCAGAUGAAGCGAACGCAAAAUAGAGUGUUGGUAAUCCAUCGGUUUUCUCCCCUCCAUGCGCUGUCAUUCGCAGGCAUAACUGCUACAACUGGCAUAGCCGCAUUAUGCACGCUUGCGAACCCUAUAGCCGCUGCUCUGGGUGCUUUGAAUUUGGUGAUCUAUGCUGGAAUUUACACCCCUCUGAAAAGGUCUCAUAUUGCUUGUACAUGGGCUGGAGCUGUCGUCGGUGCAAUCCCACCGCUUAUGGGCUACGCUGCUGCGACAGGCACUUUGGAUGCUCCGGCAUUGUGCUUAGCUGCUAUUUUGUAUUCAUGGCAAUUUCCUCACUUCAACGGGUUGUCUUGGAAUCUCAGAGGAGAUUACAGCAAGGCUGGCUAUCGUGUCAUGUGUGUCACUAAUGAGCGGCUCUGCCGAGUGACAUCAAUUCGACAUAGCUUAGCUUUGGUUGGAUUAUGCUCUGUGGCGGCACCGCUCACGAACCUGACAACCAUAACGUUUGCUCUAGAUUCUCUACCAGUUAAUGCGUACCUGUGCUGGCUGGCUUACAAAUUUUACAAAGCACCUGAUGCACAAAAUUCUAGGCGGUUGUUUUUCUACACUCUGUUCUACCUUCCCGUAAUUAUGACAUUAAUGGUGGUGAGCAAAUUUGGACGAAGUGAUGCGCAGAAGAACUUCAACUUCAUAAGUUGUCUUAGCUUGUUCCAAUCCGAGUCUGAAUCAAGAAGCACCUUUAAUUCUGUUAUCACCAGAUCGCACCUUGUUAUCUAUCUCGGCUAUAUUUCUAUGUUUCUCAUUUUUCCAUAAGAGAUGAAAAGUAUGG